AACGGUAGGACAGUGAAAUCAAGAUGGCGUCGCGUGUAUGGUGCGGAUGAUCGCAGUGCUCGUACGUUAAUAGAGAUUACACCAAAGUUAGACGUAUUAUCGGGCGCCAUGUCGGGAAAUCCGCGGGACAUGGACGGUUUUAUGCCGUUGCUGUCCACGACGGAUAUAAAGAAAAAACUUUCAAUCGGUGAUUUAGUACUAAACUACCUGGGUGACCCGGAUAAGAGCAUCGAAUGCCAAGACAUCGGACUUUUUAUCGACAAUGUGAUACCAUGGUUAAGCAACGGCAAUCCAAAGGUCGUUCAAAAUGGGUUGGAGAUCCUCACGUAUCUUGCCGAUCGGAUGGGUCAUGAUUUUAAGCCUUAUAUUUCUACAGUAAUACAGCCAAUGAUAGAUAGGCUAGGUGACAGCAAAGAUGCGACUAGGGAGAAGGCUCAUUUAGUUCUUCUUAAAAUUCUGGAGAAGGGUUGCUUAACACCACAACAAUUGUUGGAUAGAUUUCGUCCUGCUUUCACUCAUAAAAAUGCCAAAUUAAGAGAAGAAGCAUUGGUUUUAUUAACGACAACCUUGAACGAGCAUGGCGCAGACGAGAUGGCUCUCUCUGGUGUGAUUCCCAGUAUCGUCAAAUUACUCUCGGACCCGUCCGAAAAAGUUCGAGAAACUGCAUUAAACACGUUAACGGACAUGUACAGACACAUUGGCGAGAGGUUGCGCGUCGACUUGCAGAGGAAACACAAUGUGCCGCAAGCCAAACUUCUCUUGUUGAUCAAAAAGUUCGAUCAAUUGAAAGCAUCCGGCGAUUUGUUACCUCUCGCAAUGUCAUCCGAUGUUGGUAAAGACACAGAUGAGCCUGACAGAGCGAUUAAGUCAGCACCUUUGAAAAGAACGGCUGCACCUCUCAAAAGAGGCCAAUUUGGCCCAGCGAAGACACCAAGUUCUGCACUAGCUACGUCCAUACAUGCAACGGUUCUACGAGCAACAACCGUCAGUAGGUCUAUGUCACAUAGAUCAACAUCAGGUCAAGCUGGUGCUGUAGAUGAAGAAACAUUUUUAACAUCGUUUGAGGAUGUACCAACGGUUAAUUUAUUCUCUGCAAAGGAUUUGGAAGAACAAAUGAAAAAUAUUAAAGAUAUUGUUGGAGAUGAUAAGAAAGACUGGAAACAAAGAACAGAGAGUAUGAAAAAACUUCGAGCAAUUGUACUUGCUGGUGGUAUGAACUAUGAGAAUUUUUUGGAUUGUCUUAAAAGUAUACAGCGACCAUUUGAAACUGCAUGUACAGAUCUUAGGUCACAGGUUGUUAGAGAAGCUUGUAUUACUUUGGCAUUUCUGAGUCAGCAUUUAAAGACCAAGUUUGCCAGUUUCGGAGAAGCAGUUCUUUUGACUCUAAUGAACCUCAUACAGAAUAGUGCCAAGGUCGUGGCAACAGCAGGGGCUGUAGCAGUUAGAUUUAUCCUUCAAAAUACCCAUUGCAGUCGAUUCAUCCCAAUCAUUACAUCUUCGUUAAAUAGCAAGAGUAAAGACAUUCGUCGGGCUUCAUGUGAAUAUUUAAAUUCAAUUUUACAAACGUGGCCUACUCAAAUGUUGCAAAAACAUGUAAUGGUGUUGCAAGAGGCUAUUAAGAAAGGAAUCGCUGAUUCUGAUUCUGAGGCAAGAGUAUUCGCCCGAAAAUCCUAUUGGGCUUUUAAAGAACAUUUUCCUGAACAAGCAGAGAUACUUCUCAACAGUCUUGAUGCAACAUACAAACGUUCACUAAUGUCUCUUAGUAACAGCGGAAGCAUCAACAGUUUAAAUGUAGUAACACGAUCAACGAGCGUUAGUCCAAGAGCGUCAAGACCUGCGUUAAGUGCCACAGGUAGUACGGAAAAUUUACAUCAGACACCAGGCCAACCUCAUGGCCCUCUCAGACGUACUCCGUCAUUACCUCGUUCAUAUCGCCAGUCUGGUAUCCCAAUUCUACAAAGACCCACAGAUAAUCAUUAUCGAGUCACGCCGGGUGUUAGAUCUACUAGUGCGAUAGAUUUACAAGCUGCCCAAAGAGCUAAAGCAAGAUUGACAUAUGGAAAUAUGAGUAGAUACAAAGCUACUCUUCAUAAUGAUCAUAGUCAUCAGGGUAAACAAGCAAGACACAGUAAAUCUCCUGAUACCGCUGCUGUUGCUAGUCCUGAGCGGACACCUAGGACAAGAACGAGGGUAGCAGGAGUUUCACAAUCGCAACCCAGCAGUAGGUCAGGCUCACCAUCGUCGAGGUUGAGUUAUACAACUUAUAAUCGUGAAGGAGAAUCAUUAAUAGCAAGACCAAGGAAAUUAUCUGGACAUGGUAUUCGGAGUACAGGCAAUAGUCGUGAACCUAGCCCACAAAGAUUUGGAAUGGAUCGAAGUUUUGGUUCUAAAAUGCGAGGAAGGAGUUUACAUAUGUCACCAACAGAUAGGCCUCAGUCUAGACCAGUUUUGGCACAAAAGAUGUUACAGCAAUCUCGUGAAGCGGAGUCUGCUUUAGCAGAUGCAUUUACCUUUGAUAGCAUUGACAGUUGUUAUAAUAGAGCUACAAGAGUCAAAAGCGAACAUAGCGAUGACAGCGAAACUAGCAGUAUAUGCUCAGAACGCAGUAUGGACAGUUUCAGACGACCUAGUGAUUCGUUCUCAUGGAGUGGCUCCCAACAAAGACUGUACCGUGAUAACUGGGAUCAGUCUAUCCCAAAGGAUAUUAAAGAAAUAAUAGAAAAUUGUGCUCAUAAACAUUGGGGUGACAGAAAGGAGGGUUUGCUGGGGUUACAACAUUUCCUUGCCAAUGGACGUACAUUGAGUGCAAGUGAAUUGCGUAAAGUUACGGAUAUUUUUACUAAAAUGUUUAUGGAUUCGCAUACCAAAGUGUUCAGCUUAUUUCUGGAUACUUUAAAUGAACUAAUUACGACACAUAAUGAAGAUCUUAGUGAUUGGCUGUACGUUUUAUGUGCGAGACUUUUAAACAAAUUGGGUACAGAUUUAUUAGGAUCUAUUCAAGCUAAAAUUCAUCGAACAUUGGAUGUUGUAAGAGAAUCUUUCCCUGGUGAACAAUUAUUACCAGCUGUAAUGAGAUAUUUAACCGAUCCGACACAAACGCCAAAUUCUCGUGUAAAAGUUGCUUCCCUUACAUUUGUUACACAAAUAGCGGAAACGGCAGAACCUUCUGCACUAAACAAUUCUGCAGGAACUGCUCUAGCUAGAUUACUUGACUGGACGAGCGAUGUAAAAAGUCAAGAUGUUAGAAGGCACGCACAGGAAGCGUUUAUAGCACUCUACAAUUUAAAUCCUCCACAAGUUACAAUGAUUUUAGCGGAAUUACCGAAAUACUAUCAAGAAGCUGCAUUGCCCUUGGUUCAAAAUUAUUUGAAGUCAUCAGGAUCGAGUAAUCCAGCUUCUCCUGGCACACCACCUCCAAGAGCUCAACAUUCUCCUGCUCGUAAUAAGAAGAAUGAUGUUGAUACGGCGGAUGAAAAUUUGGAAGAAGUUUAUAAAAUCUCUUCCUACAGAUCGUUGCGACGUACAACAGCGGAAAUUCAAAAUUAUGGAUUCGAGCGUUUAGAAAGAGCUACAACAAGCAAAGAUAGUGGUAUUAGUAAUAUGGCUGAUUUAGAAGAAAGAAUAGAAGGUCUAACGUUAUCUAAUUCGGGAAGGUCUUCAUCAGUAUCAUCACCAACACAAAGAGGACGAUCUGUUACAAAUAUAACAGUAAAUGGUUCGAGUGAUACAAUUGCUGGAGAUCUUAUAUUACCUCAAGAAAACAAUGGUUAUAAAAAUCAUGGAUCAUCCCCAGAUUCCGCCAAAAGACCAGAAAUAUUAGAUAAUAUGAUUAAAACUAUACAAUCUAAAUGUACGCAAACUUCCGAAAAAAUAACAGCUUUGCAGAAUUUUCAGGCAUAUGUUCGAGAAGGAGACUCUACAUAUGUCAAACAAAAUUUCAAAAAACUUCUCAAAACAUUAUUAGAUAGGGUAAAUAGCGAUAGUCAACAGUUACAAAUAGAAGUACUUCAAACGUUAAUCGAAAUGCUCAAAUGUCCAGAACUUUUGGAAUGUUUCUCUGUUUUUCCUGAAUUGUUGGUAUUGAAAGUAAUCACUGCCCAUAAGUUUGAUGAUCAGAAAGCUGAUGGUACUUCUAGCGGAGAGAGUGUUAGAGCGCCGGUAAGAAUGUCAGAGGCACAGGUUCUUCGGACAGCGGAGAAGUGUGCAGCGACAAUUGCUACUGUUCUAAGACCAGAACAAAUUAUUCUUGUUGUAUCAACUAUAAUAACAACAGAACCAUAUCCCUUAAAUAUGGGAGCGAUUAAAAUGCUUCACAAGAUAGUUGAACACUGGGGACGUGAAGCUAUAGAGCCUCAUCUUUCAAAAAUUAUGCCAGGACUUAUUAAGGCAUACGACGAUGCUGAAAGUACGGUUCGUAAAAGUGCAGUUUUUUGUAUGGUAGCAAUACAUGCAGCGGUUGGGGAAGAAGUUUUAAAACCCCAUUUGAGUUCUCUUUAUGCAAGUAAAUUAAAGCUUUUGUAUAUUUACAUACAACGUGCACAGCAAACGAACAGUCAACCGGCAAGUCCACGAAGCAACAGCAAAAAUUAACUAACAACUAAUUCUGCGACAUUAAGGAUCGCAAUAUUAAGGAGAUUCGCGCGCCUAAGUGCAAGACAUGAACGAAUGUUGGUUAGCUUUCUUAGCAAAUCGAGUCCGUGAUUGUUGAGAAAGAAUCAGUCGUCGGUAAUACGAGUACAGUUGUGCCUCCUGACAGUGAUGUUACACGAAGGCGAAUUUAAAACAAAUUUUUUGGAAAGUGAAAAAGAUGACAUUUUAUUAUAUGUCACACCCAUAUAAAUGAAUUUAUUCGAUCAGACAUUAGGCAAACCGUUAAUAAUUAACUUAUUUCUUUUUCUAAUAUGAUAUAACACGUCUUUACAUUUCACUUCGAAUAUUAAUAUUACAUAAGUGUAGCGAAUCCAAUCGCGAAUAUACAAGCAUAUUAUGUAUGUUGGUUUUGAGGUAGGAAUGAACCUACGCAACAUAAAUUAAGUGGGCAGACAGUAUGACCUCUUUUUUUUUCUUUAUUAUUAUUAUGUUUAUUUUUGUGUUUAUUUACAAACACGAUAUUUACUUGAAUGAGAUCUGACAGAGAACCGAUUUCAAUGGUAUAUAUCGUUUACGCGUGUAUACAGUAAUUUUUUAUUUAGGGCAGACCUUUUAUUAUAUAACACGCUUUAUUCCUUAAAUUUAAUAGUAUAUAUUACAGACACAUCGUAUGAUCUGUACAUUUUGUUAUAUGAUUUACGAAGAAUUUCUGAAAAUCACGGUUUGUAUACUCCUCAUUUUCGAGAGAUACUAAUGAUUAGUUUCUAUCAUCUUUGUAAAAUUAUUUAGUUUUAAGUAAUCUUUGUGUUUUCGUAAAUGUUAAUAUAGAUAUCUUAUUAUUUUUCAUUAAACAGCGGUAUUGCAUAUAUCUGUCUUUUAUCCGAAUCUUCCAUAAAACCUAAAUGCAGAUCAUAUUUAGUUGUAUAUAAAAUACAUAUUGAUUAUACGACAGACUGAUAUUAAAAAUCGUACUACGUUUGUUUAAUUUGAUGACCAUAGAAUCAAAUAAUUAUUAUAUGCAAAAGAUCGCGAUAGUAGGGGUCUGGAGUGUGACAUGACUGUCAAGAGGGGAGAUAUAUAAAUUACUCGACUUCCUUUCUAGAUAACGCAUAAAGGCAAUGCAGGUAUCAAGGAAAAAAUGUUUGAAAGAGAGAGAGAGAGAGAGAGAGAGAAAGAGAAAGAGAGAGAGAAAGAGAAAGAGAGAGAGAGAGAGAGAGAGAGAGAGAGAGAGAGAAAGAAUAAAGUAGAAAUUUUAAUAUGCUUGAGGAUCGUAAAUAACUAUCGUUAGCAAUACUGUUUGCACCGUAUACAACACAACAGUUACGACAUUGUUAAUGUCGAAAGGAAAGUAAAUAGUUUAUUUGUCUGAAAUCAAUGUGCUAGUCAGAUUUCCAAGGACGCACAAUGAUGCAAAAGAACACAAACGAAGUUUCUGAGUAACAGAAAAUGAUGAUACGUAUAAAAUUGCAUGUGAGAGAUAUGUUGUUGAAGGAAAAGAAUGAGAGAGAAAGAGUGAAUGAACGAAUUACGUGUAACAAUAACAGAAAACAAAAAAAAAAUACUGAGAAUAAGACUAUAGAGGUUUUUUCGAUAAUCCAAUGUGCUCUAGUAUAAUGUUACUUAUUAUUAUUAUUAUUAUUUUUAUUUUUAUUUUUAUUAUUAUUACUAUUAUUAUUAAUUAUCCAUCGCGUUGCCAAUAUUUGAAUGAACGCUAAAUCAAAGCUAACAUUUAACAAGUUUAGUAAAGUUUCGUGCCAUUGUUGUUUAUUUUUUUUUUUUUUUUAUUGUAUGAAAAUAAAAU